AUGAGCGAGGCGGAGGCGGCAGCGGUGGCGUCAGCGGCCCCCGCGGCGACGGUGCCCGCGACGGCGGCAGGGGUGGUGGCGGUGGUGGUGUCGGUGCCGGCGGGGGAGCCGCAGAAAGCAGGCGGCGGGGCGGGCGGCGGCGGGGUCGGAGCCGCCUCCGGCCCAGCUGCUGGGACCCCGUCGGCGCUGGGCCCCCACACUCCUGGCAACCUGGCGACGGCGGCCUCGGGGACCCCCGCGCCCUCAACCCGGAGCCAGGCGGACAAGCCGGUGCUGGCAAUCCAAGUCCUGGGCACUGUCAAAUGGUUCAACGUCCGAAAUGGUUACGGAUUCAUCAACAGGAAUGACACCAAGGAGGACGUCUUUGUUCACCAGACAGCUAUUAAAAGAAACAACCCCAGGAAGUUCCUGCGCAGCGUUGGAGACGGGGAGACUGUGGAGUUUGAUGUCGUGGAAGGAGAGAAGGGUGCAGAAGCUGCCAAUGUCACUGGGCCUGGGGGGGUGCCGGUGAAGGGUAGCCGCUAUGCCCCCAAUCGACGUAGGUUCCGCCGAUUUAUCCCCCGGCCUCGCCCGGCUGCCCCCCCGCCCAUGGUGGCAGAGGCUCCGUCAGGUGGGACCGAACCAUGCAUCGAAGGGGAGCGAGCUGAAGACCCUGGGCAGAGGCCCAGACGACGGCGCCCACCACCCUUCUUCUACCGACGGCGCUUCGUGCGAGGCCCGAGGCCCCCCAACCAGCAGCAGCUCAUCGAGGGCACUGACGGGGUAGAACCUAAAGAGACAGCCCCACUGGAGGGGGACCAACAGCAGGGAGAUGAGCGGGUUCCCCCACCCAGAUUCCGGCCCAGAUACCGAAGGCCUUUCCGCCCCAGGCCACCGCAGCAGCCUACCACUGAAGGUGGGGAUGGCAAGACCAAACCCAGCCAAGGUCCCACUGAUGGUUCUCGGCCUGAGCCCCAGCGCCCACGAAACCGCCCCUACUUCCAGCGGCGACGGCAGCAGCCCCCUGGACCCAGGCAGCCCACAGCCCAGGAGACCCCAGCCCCCAUCAACAGUGGGGACCCCACCACCACCACCAUCCUGGAGUGA